GCUUCGUUCCAAGCCUUGUCGGCAAAGAGAGCAAAGAAGGAAGAACACAGUUACUUGCCAUGGCAAGCACACACCUCGUUUCUCAAUCUCCUUCCAUUCCAAAAACCUUGAAUUUCAGCAACCCUUUCUUUUCCAAAUCCCCAUUUCCCCAAAACCUAGUUCUUCCCCUCAAAGCUUCCCUUAAACCCCGCGUUCUCAGAGCCGUUAACGCUGCCAAGACUCCUCUGGUGAAUCCUGCAGAAAAGAAGACCCAUUUCAAGCACUGUUUCACGAAAUCCGAUGACGGCUACCUUUACUGCGAGACCGUUAAGGUCCAAGAGAUCAUGGAAUCCGUGGAUAGAAGACCCUUCUACUUGUACAGUAAGCCCCAGAUUACAAGAAACGUUGAGGCUUAUAAGGAUGCGUUGCAAGGUUUGAACUCUGUUAUUGGUUAUGCCAUUAAGGCAAACAAUAACUUGAAGAUUCUCGAGCAUUUGAAGCACUUGGGUUGUGGUGCUGUGCUUGUUAGUGGUAACGAGCUUAGGCUUGCUCUUCGUGCUGGAUUCGACCCCACAAGGUGUAUCUUUAAUGGGAAUGGGAAGAUUUUGGAGGAUUUGAUAAUUGCUGCACAGGAAGGUGUGUUUAUCAACAUUGACAGCGAAUUUGACUUUGAAAACAUCGUUGCCGCUGCAAGAAUUGUUGGAAAGAGGGUCAAUGUUUUACUUAGGAUCAACCCUGAUGUGGAUCCACAGGUCCAUCCUUAUGUUGCCACUGGAAAUAAGAACUCUAAAUUUGGCAUUAGAAAUGAGAAGCUGCAGUGGUUUUUAGAUGCUAUAAAGGGGCAUCCUAAUGAGGUUAAGCUUGUAGGUGCCCACUGCCAUCUUGGGUCAACAAUUACCAAGGUAGACAUCUUUAGGGAUGCUGCUGUUAUUAUGAUCAACUACAUUGACCAAAUCCGAGAUCAAGGUUUUGAAGUUAACUACUUAAAUAUUGGUGGUGGACUUGGGAUAGACUAUUAUCAUUCUGACGCUGUCCUUCCGACCCCAAGGGAUCUCAUUGAUACUGUACGGGAGCUCGUUCUUUCCCGUGAUCUCAAUCUCAUCAUUGAACCAGGGAGAUCACUUAUUGCAAACACCUGCUGUUUAGUUAACCGGGUGACAGGUGUCAAAACUAAUGGGUCCAAAAACUUUGUUGUGAUUGACGGAAGCAUGGCUGAACUUAUUCGUCCUAGUUUGUAUGAUGCUUACCAGCAUAUAGAGCUGGUUUCCCCCGCCACAGCAGAUGCUGAGAUAUUGACCUUUGAUGUCGUUGGGCCUGUCUGUGAGUCUGCAGAUUUCUUAGGGAAAGGAAGAGAACUCCCAACUCCAGCCAAGGGUGCUGGUCUGGUUGUUCAUGAUGCUGGUGCUUACUGCAUGAGCAUGGCAUCAACAUACAAUCUAAAGAUGAGGCCUCCUGAAUAUUGGGUUGAGGAUGAUGGAUCUGUGAGCAAAAUAAGACAUGGAGAGACUUUUGAAGAUCACAUUAGGUUCUUUGAGGGACUUUGAGCCGAGAACAAAGUUAAUUUUGGUUGUAUUUUGGUUUUUGGUCUUUUGGAUAUUGUCAUGCCAAAGAACACAACAGUUUUUGUUCUGUUUCUUCGAUUCUGGCCAAACUUUGAUCCCUUGGCCCCUUGUAGGAACAUGAAUUAAAACAUUGAAUCCAGUAAGAGUUAUAAGAGCAUUCAAUCUC